CACAGCGCGUAUACGCAACGAGCUGCCUUUGGUGGGUGCUUCGCAAACGGAACGGACUCAGGGCCAUAACUAUAAAACAUAGGACUGUGGGCCAAAAGCCAACAGAUGGUCGCCGGCUGUGCACGCGUCAAGUUAUCGGGAUCGCAAAUUCUUGGAUACCGCGCACAACCGUUAAAGUUAUUAAAGUGCUCAAAUUAAUUGAAACACUCGCAAAAUAUAGAAAACAAAUGAGAAUUUAUUAAUUAGAAUUAUUCAGAAUGCUGUCGAAUAUUUAUACAAAAUUGUGUUGAGGCGACCGUAGAAUGCCGUAAAAGAAUCACUUCACAAAUCAAAAGUUUAUUUCUCAACAGAAAUCCAACAUGAAUUGGACAACGCCGAGUGUGGCCACAUCGGAUGAAAUAUUUAAGGAAAUUGCGAGUAAAACAAAUUUUGAUUUAAUUGGUGAGCGCAGGCAUCUGGUAAACUAUCCCAAACUGUUCCCCAAUAACAACAUACACCACAAUAACUAUCACAACAUCAACGACACCGACCACGACAGCAGCAAGAUCAAUACGAUGCUGCUACUCAACAGCACCGGCAACGAGAGUAACGCGAUGCCACCGAAUAUGGAUCCAUUGCUCAUGGAGCAGUAUUUACACAAUCGUGCCAUUGAGAGUCCAUGGUAUCACUUACUAAUCGCAAUGUACAGCGUACUGAUUGUGUUUGGUGCCAUUGGCAACAUCAUGGUGGUCAUUGCCGUAGUGCGCAAGCCAAUAAUGCGCACUGCCCGCAAUCUCUUCAUCCUCAAUCUGGCCAUAUCGGACUUGCUGCUGUGCCUAGUUACCAUGCCGUUAACUCUAAUGGAAAUUCUUUCAAAGUUUUGGCCUUACGGUUCAUGUGCCAUUCUGUGCAAAACGAUUGCCAUGCUGCAGGCAUUGAGCAUUUUUGUGUCGACAAUAUCCAUAACAGCCAUCGCUUUCGACAGAUAUCAGGUAAUCGUUUAUCCCACGAGAGAUUGCCUGCAGUUUGUUGGGGCUGUCACAAUAUUGGCUGGCAUUUGGAUACUUGCCCUGGUCUUGGCCUCGCCACUAUUGAUCUACAAAGAGCUGAUCAACAGAGAUAUUCCGCCGGUGCUGCACAAGUUUGGUGUACCACAUACGAUAUCAUACUGCAUCGAAGACUGGCCCCUAAAUGAAGGUCGAUUCUAUUACUCGAUCUUCUCGCUAUGCGUACAGUAUUUGGUGCCCAUUCUCAUUGUAUCGGUGGCCUAUUUUGGCAUCUACAACAAGCUGAAGAGUCGCAUCACAGUUGUCGCCGUGCAGAGUUCGUCGCAGCGCAAAGUGGAGCGUGGCAGGCGAAUGAAACGCACAAAUCGUUUGCUGAUUAGCAUUGCCGUCAUAUUUGGUGUGUCGUGGUUGCCACUGAAUUUUUUCAAUUUGUACGCGGACAUGCAACAUCCGUCGGCUGUAACGCAGAGAAUGCUUGUGGCAUAUGCCAUAUGCCACAUGAUUGGCAUGAGCUCCGCGUGCUCCAAUCCGCUGCUCUAUGGAUGGCUCAAUGAUAACUUCCGUAAAGAAUUUCAAGAACUAUUGUGUCGUUGCACUGAAUCCACUAAUGUUGCUCUCCCUGGUCAUACGACAGGCAGCAACGUGCAGGCAGCGACAUCGCGUCGUCGGCGCAAGAAUGAAGCCAACAUGCUCAAAGGUGAGCUUCAGCUCUUGGGCAACCGAGGCUGUGUCGAUGUUGAUGGCGGUGUCAGCAUCGCGGCAACCGAAUUUAACACAAGACAAACUGUAAACGGAACACGCAGCGCCGUCACGGAGUCUGUGGUACUCACCGAGAAUCCCAUGCCCACAGAGAUGACCACCCUGGUGCCGCGUUUGCAACAAUACUAAUUGGCAAUUUGCAUACUUGAACCGAACUUGAAUGAAACCUACUCUCUCCUAGGCCCAAUGCCACUCGAACAUGGCUCUAAGGAACCAAAAAGGAGCAACACGAUUCACGAUUCACAUGAGAACUCUUCAAUUAUACAGACGCAAAAUUUACAUUUACAUUUAAUUUAGAAAUUUAUGGAUUAUAUAUACGAGUAAGCUACAAAGAUGACUGAAUGAAAGCAAAGCUAAGUUACAUUUAAGGUUUAGAAAGGAUAUUUACAUCUAAGUAUGUUUGUGGUAAUUGCAUGUACUUAACACAAUACAUUACAUUAAGCUUAUCAUUAUCAUCCCUUC